CAGCGGGUAGUCCUCCAGGAAGAGAGUGCUUGAUGCGGAAACGGAUAGAAUUCCAAAUCGCAAGAAGACUGUUGUUGACUAUACGGGCUUUAAUCUUAGAUUACUUUUUGCUGCUAGUGAGGCAGUUGUUGUGAGUGAAGAUCUUCUGUUGCAUUAUACAUCAACAUCGUCAAGCGCGUUGGAGAUCGAGAUUCUGAGGUUGGAUGUCGAGCAGUGGAAAUUGAC